GUUACGUCAAUUGCUAUGUUGCUUGUUGUAACAACUGAAAGUCGGUUUGUUUUGAAACUUACCGCUUAACUGCAAGUAUUGGUCGUAACUAUUUUGUUACAUAAAAGACGCACAUAUUUCUUCAUACUAAAAAGGUACACACAUUUCAAUGGCAGAUAAUGUCAAGAAAGAGCAAUACUAUGACAAAAUAUUUUCUUUCGGAUCAGUUUCAUCACGAUGUAAUGUGAAAUGCAUGAUUUCUGAAAAGGUUUGCAAGAUAGCAUUCAGAAUGAUCACUCAAUGCAAACAGAAUAGCUUAAAAACUUAUCUGUAUGGAAGGUAUUCAUUUGUUGGGGUUUCAAGCUUGAAUGUUAUCGUGAAUAGAAUUGAACUUAAUAAGCAAUGUUAUCAAUCGUGCGCUCCUGAUGAGUUUUUGAUACCCUUUGAGCUUGCCAAAUAUGAUAUUUUUAGCGGUGCGAAAAAUCAGUAUUUAGAUUGUGCCGUUCGAACCAUUUGGAAUAAUUAUACUUUAAAACCUAUUAGUUUGGAUAUCACCAAUUGUAUACAGUUCUGGGCGUACGCAUGUGUCACAAAAAAUGGCGAUAGCACUAAUAGCAGAAUUAAAAAACUUCGAAAUUCGACUUCUGAAAUGUACUUUUCGAAGUUUAAAGUGGAAUGUUUGGUUUUAGACUAUUUAGUGAGUCUAACACCAGUUGAAAAGCCGUCCUUAGUUCCAUCAUUACUCGUAAAAAGUCUUGAGACACCUGAUUUUCAUCUGUCUGCAUUUACUGAGUCAUUAAAUAACGAUGACAGUGAGUCUGAUGUUCGAUUUGGUUUUCUCAAAAUGACUAACACGGGGCAAAUUUCACUUCAUUUGGAAACCGAUCCAGCUAUUCUAACUUCAUCUCCUAUCGGAAUAUGGAUUUCUGGAGUUAAAGAAGUCUGUGAUUUUCGCGUAUGGAAAACCUGUUUACACUUUAUUUUGAUCAAUGAUACCCAGAUAAGCAGAUCCGUAAGAAAUGAUCAUUUAGGAUUCAUAAAUUCGACAAAUAAUUCACCCAUGUUGUUGGCCGUUUACGGAUGUGAUUCAAACUUACCACAAUUUUAUGAAACUAGUAUAGUAUUUUCACCUGAUACUGAUGCUUUUGAUUCUUCAGUUAAUGUGAAGCUAUACAGAAAUUUUAAAGAUCCAGUGCAGUUAAAGUUUACUGUUUUAUCAAGUCUUGAAGAUUGGAUAUCUCUUCCAAAAUUCAGUUCCAGAAAUUCAGAAUAUUUCACGUGGAAUUUGGUGAAUAAUACAUUAGAUAAAGAACAUUUAACUACCUUGAAAAAUUCGGUAAAACAAUUUUGUGAUUCUGUUCGUGGUUUGGAAUAUUUUGAAGAAAAUUUCGUUCAUCUAACGACUUCUGUGUUUUCCGAAGUAUCACAAAUCUCUAUUCAUUCCGUAUCUGAAAACCAGAGCAACGUGAAAGACGACGUAAAUUCUCAUCCAUCUAGCCGGGAAUUUAAAAGCUUGAAUUUAUCAGAAUCUCAUGUUCUGGAGGCGUCUUUACUAUCUGAAGAGGGUGUUAGCAAUUUAUAUCAGAAUUUUGAAGGAAGUCAUUCUUGUCGCAUUACUUCAGAACAAUUAGAUGAAGAAUCGUUACCAAGAGAGCCUCCCAGAAAAUCAAACGAUUUCAUUAGAAGUAGUGAAUCAUCUGAGAAUAAUAUCACUCAAGAGGAUGCUAAUCAUUAUGAUCCGAAUCGUUAUCGGAAUUUUUCUACACCUAUUUCUUCAAAUGCAUCAAAUUUACAAGUUGACAUAACUUCAACACAAUAUCCACCACACACUGGAAGUGUUGAUAACAAACUUUCCUUUUCACAAGUUCAUUCAAGAUUUGACAGUACUGAUAUAACACUGCAUUUUCGUUCUAUCCUUUCAAACCUUCCGUUGAAUCAGUUGGAGCGUCUCGAACGGAUCAUUAAUAACAUGUUAGGGAAGAAGAAAAUCGUCUGCUUAGCACCAGAUACUUCUAAAGAUGGUUGUGAACAUAAAAACAACCAGGAUUAUCCUAACAAGCAUGAUCUAAAACGAGGUAUAAGUAUUGGUGUUAACACAACUUUUGUAUCCACUGGAGUCAAUUUAAACGAUAAAGAACAGCUAAGCGAUACUCAGAGUUGUGAUAUUUUGAAUAACCGGGACGUUCAAUAUUCAGUUUUUAGAAAGAAAUUAUCCUUUAAAACUAAAAGACUAUGUAUGCUACAUCACAGCAGUAAUAUAAAUUAUUCAAGGCCUGAAACGGUUACGAAUUCUAACCCUAUUUCGCAAAUCAAGUCAUCAAGCUCAGUCCAUUCGAAAACCAUAAAAGGAGAGGAACUACAAAUGGAUUCACAAUGCCAAAAUGAUACUGCAGAUAAAUACAGUUCAUUGUUAGCAAAUAUAAAGCAACUUCUGAAUAAUAGAACGAGGUAUGAUUCUGCCGCUUCUGCACCCUGUCCGAAUAACAAUAAUAAUACAAAAGAGUUUGUCGAUCAAGAAAUGCGUACAUCGAAUUCUAUCCCUACUAUUUUUCUACAAAAAGAUUUGAUGUGUCUGGUAAAUAGUAACAAAAAUCCUGAAAAUGUCAAUCGAAGAGUCUCAAAUUGGCUGCAGUGUGACCAAACUAAUGGAAACAAUAAUUCCUCGUCAUCGGCUUCCAAGGUCAAUGAUAUUGCAUUGUGUAAAAGUAAUUUUAAAAGAGCUGAAAUCCAUACGUAUGUUGACCUUAAUUGUUCAACGAGCCAGCUCAAUAUGAACAAGAAAUCAACUGAUCCAGAAUCUAUUCAAGAUAUGCACCAAGUUAACGUAAAACUGCAAAACGAAAACCUUUCUAACAGCGUUUGUGUGGGCGAUACUGAUGAAAGUACUUAUUUAUCUUCUUUAGUAAACAAAUAUUUGAGUCAUAAAGAUGUUGGUAGUGAAACAAUGGAUACAGAUAGUUCUAUCGCAGUCAACUACAGCUUGGCAACACUGGAUUAUAUGAAGCGAAACGGUUUAAUUGAAUGUUAUGAAGAUAAAUGUAAACGCAAUACCUCGCCAGUAGUAAGUAGUAUUCUGAUUGCUAACCACCAGAAAGCAUUACAUAACUUUACUGGUUUUAACGACCAAAAGGAUGAUUCGGUGAAUAUCCGACCUAAUCGUCCGUCUUCUGCUCCGUUUUUGUCUGUAGACUCAAAAUCACCUGAUGUACACCGAAGCCUUACAAUUGGAGAGUCGAUACCAAAUAUAAUGAAUGAGUUGCAUCUUGAUACAUCACAUAUGAAACAGUCUACGGGAAUAUGCAACCCUAGCUUCAAGUAUUUUUGUACCUCAUUUGAUUGUUCUUCAGAAAAAGAUACUUCAGUACGACCAACUUCUGAAUACUCACACACUUUUGAUAAUGGGUUAGGAGUUACAAACAGUCCAAUUCUCGAUUUAGAACGAUUACGAUCGCUCCCUAAACUACUGUGA